AUGGCGCUCCAACGAAGUGGGCGCGAAAGCUACGCGAACCUUCUGUCCUCCUUCUCGAACCUUCAGAUCACCUCACAGCGGUCAAUCCCCCAUCAGCGAUUGCGGCCAAUAUGUGCGCGGAGCUUCACGACGACAUCCGUCCGGCGGAAUUGGCUCCUACCGAAGCAGGCCGAAAAACGAAAGUCCAUGGUCGGCCGGCCUCGCAUGCCAACGGGCGGAUCUAUGCGAGGUACCACUGUAUGCUGGGGUGAAUGGGGACUGCGGAUGAAGGAUCACGAUCGAAGAGUGUCAGCAAAACAGCUCAAGCUCGGCGAAGAUACGAUACGACAGAAGCUGAGAGGAAUGCACUACAAGCUUUAUACUCGGGUUAGUGCGAACAUCGGCGUCUACACGAAAGGCAACGAGGUCCGUAUGGGCAAAGGAAAAGGCAAGUUCGACUACUGGGCUGCUCGCGUGGCGGUUAGCCGUAUAAUAUUCGAAUUGAAGGGCAAUAUGCAUGAACAGGUCGCUAUGGAGGCCUUCCGACUUGCAGGAAACAAGAUGCCGGGACAGUAUGAGUUCGUGCGAAGAGGUGACCCGGCAGUUGUGGGCGUAACGAAGCUCAAGGACGGUGUCACAUUACAGUCGCUCAAAGAAGCUCGAAGACCGGUCGAAUCUGAGAACGAUCCGCAAGCGCAGGCUGUCAUUCCUCCUACCAUGACCGAGGGUGACCCGACUAGCAUAUCGCCAACUGCCGCUGUACCAUCAUAA